AUAAGCAUGAAAACCGUCGUCGGUGACUAACCUAACUUCACAUUUUCAUAUUUUCCGAUGCUCAGAGCUAUCUCAUCGCGGUUACGCGAUGUGGCGCCGCCUCUUAGAUCGCUCAAGCAUCCGUUAGAUCCCUUAUCGAGUUCAAUCCUUUCAUUCCAUUCAAUUGCAGCUGUCAAAUCCCCAUUCUCGCAAUCUCUGCCGCUACAAAAAUCCGAAGGCCGCCAUCCUGAUGAAGUCAACAGGGAACCCACUGCCCCUCCAAGGUUACUGGUGGUUCAGCCUCGCCUUCGCCCUGAUAAUGUCUUGCACUCGAAGCUUGCCGAGGCUUUGAACCUUGCGAAUUCGCUGGAGGAGCAGAGAGAUGGGUUUUUCGAUACUCAAUUAUCUGAAAAACAGUUGCCCCAUCAUGUUGUUGUUCAGAAUCCCGCGGCAAGAUUGACUCAUGCAGAUACAUACUUUGGGAAGGGGACGGUUGAAACAGUUAAAUGUCAUUUAAAUGCUAUAGAUGGAGAGGAAGGGGUUGAUGCUGUGUUCGUCAAUGCAAAGUUAACAGGAGUCCAACAACGUAACUUAGAGAGUUUAUGGGGUAAACCUGUUUUGGACCGUGUGAGUCUCAUAAUAGAAAUAUUUAACGCUCAUGCCUUCACAAAGGAAGCGAAGCUGCAGGCAGAGUUAGCAGCUCUGAUGUAUAGAAGAUCCAGGCUAGUUAGAGUACGUGGUGCUGAUGGACGUCAUACAUUUGGUUCCAGUGGAGAAGCUGAAGUUGUUAGUGCGCGAGGGAGAAAAAGUGGAGGUAGUGGUGGUAAAGGUGGCUUUGUUGGUGGCGCAGGUGAAACUGAGCUUCAGUUACAACGUCAAAGAAUUAUUAAAACCCGAAAGCAGUUGCUUUCUGAAAUAGGAGAGGUUCGUCGUACACGUGCUCUGCAACGUGCUUCUCGGAAGCGACGGGGAGGGGAUGAACAAGGUGGCAUGGCUACUGUUGCAGUCGUUGGAUAUACGAAUGCUGGGAAGUCCACACUAGUAAGCGUGCUAUCAAAUAGUGAAUUGUAUAGUGAUGAUCGAUUGUUUGCAACAGUCGAUCCAAAAGUCAGAAGCGUUAGACUCCCCUCAGGGAGGACUGUUCUAGCAAGUGACACUGUGGGAUUUAUAUCAGAUUUGCCUAUACAGUUGGUGGAAGCAUUUCAUGCAACUUUGGAAGAAGUGGUGGAAGCCGACCUCCUUGUGCAUGUUCUAGACUCGAGUGCAUCUAAUCUAGAGGAACAAAGGAGAGCUGUAAUGGAAGUUCUUGAGCAAAUAGGGGUGCCUGAGCAUAAGCUUGAGAAUAUGAUUGAAGUAUAUAAUAAGAUUGAUAUUCAAAGGAAGGACACAACUGAAGAUGAUGAUGAUUACUCAGACAAUUCUGGAGAGUCUGCUGAUAGUAGCCUUACAACAGAUGUUAUCGAGGAAGAAACAAGGGAUGAUCAAGAACACGCUGAUUCUGACAGAUGGUUUGCAGCUGACGAUGAAAUUGAUACUUGGGUGGAUGAAGAUGGUUCUUCUGUAGGAAUUGGAGAUUCAUUAGAAGACCAAAAGAGUUUCAGUUAUAAUAAAACUUGGACAAUGAGGAAGAACAAAGAACCUGAAUCAUUUGUCAAGACUUCUGCCAUAACGGGUGUUGGCUUGCAAGAGUUGCUUGAGCUCGUUGAUUCUAAGCUGAAGAUCGAAGAUCCCAAUAAAAAAAUUGGCAAGGAUAUAUUUCAUCGCAAAUGGAGGGCGCCCUCUCAGGAAGAAGAUAGCAGUGUGGCUUGCUAGUUUAUUCCAGUUUCAAUGAUUUAUCCCUUCGAAAAUUGUGCUCCUUCUAGGUUGUUGAAAGGCUCAAGUGCUGUGUUUUUUGGAAAUCCUAGUAAGCUAGUGUUAAGUGUACUUUAUUUAUAAUAAGGUUUCUGUCCAAAUUUUACUUUAGAAAGGAUCUCUAUUUAAUUUUAUAUAGGUAGAAUUUCAAUAUAAGAGAAGUUUACUUGUGC